UUUCCAUGCAGGAUUGUGCUGUCUACCCCAUUUGCCGUGCUAUGCUAUUUCCUCAUCUGGUACGUGCCAUCUGUUGAGCAAGGCAAGGUUGUUUGGUACCUGAUCUUCUACUGCUCCUUCCAAACAUUACAGACAUGCUUCCACGUACCGUAUUCUGCACUUACCAUGUUUAUCAGCACUGAGCAGAAGGAGAGGGAUUCGGCCACAGCCUACCGAAUGACUGUUGAGGUUUUGGGCACGCUCAUUGGCACUGCUGUUCAAGGUCAGAUUGUGGGAAUGGCUAACGCUCCUUGUAUCAGCAGUGGCAAGGACCUGAACUCUACAGAUCUGCAGGUGGCUCCCGAGGUCAACAUCACUGAGCCUCAUGUUUCACUGGAGCAUCUGAGAAAUGCUUACAUGAUCGCAUCUGGUGUCAUCUGCUUCAUUUAUGUCGUCUGUGCCCUGGUCUUGUUCCUUGGUGUGAAAGAACAAAGAGAGACCUGCAGGGUUAGGACUGAGCCCAUGUCAUUCUUUCAGGGCAUUCGUAUGGUGAUGGGCCACGGUCCAUAUGCCAAGCUGGUCAUGGGCUUCCUCUUCACCUCUCUGGCUUUUAUGCUUCUGGAAGGAAACUUUGCACUGUUUUGUAGCUACACCCUUGGCUUUAGAAACGACUUCCAAAACAUCCUUCUCGUCAUUAUGCUCUCCGCCACGCUUGCUAUCCCAUUUUGGCAGUGGUUCCUCACUAAAUUUGGCAAGAAGACUGCCGUGUAUAUUGGGACUACAUCUGUGGUGCCUUUCCUGGUCUCCGUCGUCUUGGUGCCAAGCAAUCUUAUUGUGACAUACAUUGUGUCCUUUGCCGCUGGAGUCAGUGUUGCAGCGGCCUUCCUCCUGCCAUGGUCCAUGCUCCCCGACGUUGUGGAUGAUUUUAAAGUCCAAAAUCCUGAAUCUCAAGGCCAUGAAGCCAUCUUCUACUCCUUCUAUGUGUUCUUCACCAAGUUUGCAUCUGGAGUUUCCUUGGGGGUCUCAACUCUUAGUCUUGAUUUUGCUGGCUAUGUGACGAGAGGUUGCACGCAACCCGCCGAAGUCGAUUUAACCUUGAAGAUCCUGGUAUCUCCUGCUCCGAUAGUCUUGAUCAUUAUCGGGCUGCUAAUAUUCAUCUCAUAUCCAAUCAACGAGGAAAAGAGACAAGGCAACCGCAAACUACUUAAUGAACAACGAGAAAAUGAGAUUGACUCAGAAACAGACUCCACUGAGCUCAAUGUGGUUUAAGAGCACCGGAAACCUAAACUGGACAUCGUGCCAUUUGUGUCACAUCAACAGAGAUAAAACAAACCGAGCGGAUGCUUUGAACCAACCAUGCUGCCUUGUGGCUGAAAACUUCCACCCAUAUCACCCCUACACAACCACAAAUCAACUUGAAACAUAGCCUUUUUCCAGCUCAAUUUCAAAGUGCCUUGCCAUUUCCAGUUGCAAGUGCUAAUGGAUGCUGAGUUGCACAAAACCGAAAGGCAGGCUUGUGUGUGUCGCCAGUAUUUGUGCUGCUCGCUGGUAUAGGAUCUCAAAGCGGUGUCCAAAAAAGCCAGCUUUUGAUAAGCACACAUCUAAAGAACACUAAAAAAUGAACUGAGGUGGGACAUGUCUACCGUAAGAUGAAACUUGAAACAUUUAA